GUUGGAAAAGGGUGGGCAUCGGUUCUACUCGGUAGUGCGACACGUACAGCCGUAUCUAUUUUCUGUCGUCCUUCCUUCCCGUUCGGUUCUUUGCUCCGUGUUGUGAUUUCUCUGGAGAAGCUCGUUGUGUCGACGAAGACUUUAUACUACUCUCGCCGCUCGUUGUGUCAAGAACUGAUCCAAACUGAUUCCUGUUUGGCGACGAUAAGCUCUUUCCUUACGCCACGUUGCCGACAGUUCGGUCUUCCACAUACAGACACACACACAGAGAGACAGAGAGAGAGAGAGAGAGAGAGAGAGAGAGAGAGAGAGAGAGAGAGAGAGAGAGAGAUGGCUUCAGAGAAGGCACGUGCUGGAGCAGAACAGAUGAAGGAGGCGGCGCGGGAAGGAUACGAGGAAGGAAAGGGUUCUGCGCAGGAGAAGUACGAGCACGCGAAGGGGACUGUCGGUGCCAAGACGGAGGAAUCCAAACAGGCUAUGGAAGAACAGAAGCAGCGAGCAGCGGAAUCGAUGCAGGAGCAGCAGGAGAAAGCCGCGGGCGCCAUGCAAAGCCUGAAGGAGAAGGCAGGAGCAGCUAUGGAGGGUCUGAAGGAGAAGGUCGGGAUGGGGGGAGGAGGGGCAGGAGCAGGGCAGGGAGGGCAGUGAGGAAGGAAGCAGAAGCGUUGACUCCUGCGAGCCAUAGGUCAACGACAUGGGUAAAGAAGAUCUUCAGUGCCGGCAUCGAGUCUCAGGCGUGCAAUGAAUCUGGUCGUAAUGGAGGUCACAUUCAGAUAAGCAUAGCUUUUAUAACCGUGGGGUAGGGGGCUCAGUUAUCCUGUUUGAAGCUGAUCUCCAAACGAGGCGCAGCAGAUGCAUUCGCUCCGGCGGAUUUGAGUCUUAACGUUGCCAUUCUAAUCUGGUCAGAGUUGCGCAGUGGAGCACGGAGGGUUCUGAAAUGCCAUGGAAACUACUUCACAUUUUACAAGCACAAUAACUGCGUUCUGGACCAGAUGCAUUCGCACCGGCGAAACCCGUAUUACGUAUCGAGGUCGUUUUGAGGUCCAGAUACUACUUUUAGAGCGUCGUAAAGUUGAGCGAGGCCAUGGUAUAAUUGAAAUUCCGAGGCUUAUAAAAGAAUGAGAAAUAAAUAAAUAAUUGGCUU